AUGAGGGGUCUGCGCUCCAUCGUGGGCUGCACGGCAGUGCUCGUGAGCCUGCUGGCUUGCGUGCUCCUCAGCAUCGGUACCAACGUUCAUGCUCAGGACGUACUUCGACAACAGCAGCCACUGCCCAUGCGUCGAGCAGCUGCAACACCUUUGCCUAGAUCCUUUCGAGACGACCCACCGCAGUAUGACUUCCAACAGCAACCGCAUCUCCUGCGGCGUCAGGACACAUCAAACACGCUCUCAUCUGCCGCAGCAUCCUACACCGAACUUCCGACAGCAGCCAUCUCCAUCGAUGGUCAGCCAUCGCCCACUUCCUCCAACGACCCCUUGCUGGCCCUCAUGCCCGACUUUGCCUUCAGCAUGCCCGCUCAGAUCGUCGUCGACGGCAUCAACAUUGCGCUCAUCUCGGUGCUCCUCAUCCACCUUCUCUUCACCGUCCAGUACCACUUCCCGCUCAGCAGGAAGAACUUUUACCUCCAGAUCUCGAGUUCCCUCAUGCUGCUCAUCAGCUUGAGCGUCACACUCCAUAUCGUCCUCGACCUACUCGAAGGCGAAUCCCAGCGCUACCCGUUCAUGUUCCCUUAUAUUGGCGUCCAGCUGCCACCAGGCGACGAUUCGUGGACAAAGGUGCAGGAAGUCUUCUUCCUUCUUAUGCGAGCUAUCACAACGGCCCUCAUUCACAUCACGCACAUUCAGUUCCUCACGCUUCUUUUCCCCUCGGCACUCGAGGCUCGUCUCAUCCUCUGGAUGCUUGGUCCCCUCGCCAUCAUCAACUCUGGCAUGGAGUUUACCGGUCUUGCCGACGACAGCGAUGCAAAGACCAACGAUCUCGGCGACGCCAUUCGCAACAUCUGCAACAGUACCUUGACUCUCCUCUACACUACUGCACUGCUCAUCUGGGGCCUUUUCGUCAAUCGACAACGUGCUUGGCGCGCAGGCGGUGGCACUGCGGCAUUUGGCGGUGGAUCCGUGGGUCUUGCUCUCAUCAACACCGCCAUCAGCUUCACCGAGAUCAAGUACGAUCGCCUCUGGUGGCUGCCCAACGUCUGCUGGACUCUUACCAUCUGGCAGAGCUGGCUCGGUUUCUGGUGGUGGGUCAGCAGCGGAAUGGGCAUCGGUGAGGUGGAGGAUCGACAGGAAAGGCUCGAACGCAAGCGCAAACGGGAGGAACGCAAGCGCCGCAAGAUCGAAAAGCAGAAGCAGAAGCUCGCCAUGAUCGAAGCAACGGAGGCCAACAACGCCGAGGGCCAUAGCUCACAGCACGACUCGAGCUCAAUACCAGGGCUCAGCGGCUUCCGCCGCAUCAGGGAUCGUAUCGUCGGUGAGCCCAACGGAUCCAGCACGCUCACUCGCCGCGGUCGUCGUGCCCCCACGGCAGGCAACGAAAGCGAUGGCGGUCUCGGGCCUGCACGCACGCACAGCGGUUCGGCGACCGACGACAUCGAGCUCGACCAGAUCCGCGUCUCGAGACACGAAGACAGAGACGCUGCAGAAGAGCGCGAUGCACCUUUGCGUGGUGCAGCUCUCACCGGUGUAGCCGUGCACAGAGCAGGCGAAGAAGGCGGCAUCACCGGUGAUACCGCUGUAGACGGUGAAGCGGAUCCCAACGCUGCCAAUCACGACGAUGGAAGAACGACAGCAGGCGGAUCCGGCUCGAGCGACACCAACCCGACCGCUUCCUCCGCACCCGGCUGGAUGUCGACUGCAGCGCAACGCUUCAUGGACCACCAGCCCAACUUCAUCAAGGCUCGCUUCCGUCGACUUCGGCUGGCCCACGUUGCUGCAGCUCGCCGUGCGGCGCACGAGCAGUCGGCGCUACGCGAGCAGGUGCUCAAUUCUUCGCGCGUCACUGGUCCUGGCUUGCGUCACAUGAUGAUGAACCGACCAGGCUCCACACAUUCAGGCAUGAACAGCAAUGCCAACGUUAAUGCGCUACCAGAGCUGUCCUCCACGAUCAGCCGCACUGCUUCGUUGGGCACCAAGCCGACCCAGGACGGCAAGACCAUCUCGACGGCCUCUUCUCUUCGCGCCGCUCGGGAACCACGAAGUCAGAGCACCGACGGCACACCCCUGCAGCGACAACGUCGCGGCUCGACGAAUCCACGCGAUUCGUCCGUAGCUGCCGCCCGCCGAGAUGGUCGCAUCAGCGAAGACGAAGAUGACGAGGACUCGCCCUCUCUGAGGGAUUCAUCCGAAACCAACUCGUCUGUGCGAAGGCACUUGCGGCCAGCUAACGUCGCCUCAGAAUCUUCGUCUCCAGAGCACGCAUCACCAGCAGCGGCGCAAGAGCCUCGCACUCCGACCGCAAGAAAUGAUGAUUUGCGAUCGCGAGCCGCCGCUGCGAACGCUCGUUCCGACACAAGGGAAGAAGAUUGGGAAGACAUGGACCCCGCUCCUGCUGGUCGAACAAAUGCCGGCAGAUCCGCGCAGGUCCCCGAUCGUUCCUCGUCACGCAACAGAAGGAACGACGGUAGCGACGACGAAGACGGCGAGGACUCGAGCUGGUUCUGGCGCGGCGGCCUUCGGCAGAUGCGUCUGCGCGACCGCACCACCUACGACUGA